UCGUCUCGUCUCUCAAACACAAGUUUCCUUCAUUUUCUUUUGGUAUAGUUUCAUGGAGUCUCUUGAUCUUUGAUAUUAAUGGCUGAAGAAUCAAAAGCUCGUUUAGUUCGUUGCCCAAAGUGUGAUAGUCUUAUAAAGGAGCUUCCCCAGUAUUCUUUAUACAAGUGUGGCUCUUGUGGUGCUGCUCUUCGAGCAAAGAAGAAAGAUGAGCAUGGAAGUGGGGUUAGCGUGAAGGGUAAAAAUAGGAGAAAAGAGAGGAUUUUUGGAGAAAAAACUAUUGUUUCAUCGAGAACAGAUAAGGCUAAUGGCUUCCUUGAUGAUGAUAAAAAUUUUAGGCUUGAUCAUGAUAGAACCGAGAAAAGAGAUGGAUAUGUUGAUGAUUGUUGGGCUCAUCAAUUCCAUGGUCAUCAUCAUGACAUCAACAUCAGCAGGUCUAAGUCUGUUAGUUCGAGUAGGGAGAGCGAUUUCGGGGUCUACUCGCCGAGAUUAGAUCAUUUGACUAGGUCCUUGAGGCUCAAGGGUGUUGAAUCUGUUGAUAGAGAUGAAUUUAGAGGGCUUUAUAAGAGGAGCCUGGAAACAAUAGAUGAGGGACCUUCAACUUAUGGGGAUGUUCCUGCCUAUGGCUACCAUAAACCAGUUAAGAGCUUUGUGUACCUAGAUGGACCUAAUGGGGUUCGAAAUUUCGACAGGGAUCGAACUCUGCUGCUUAAGAAGCUGGAUGAGUUGAAGGAUCAACUGAGUAGAUCUCUUGAUAUGCCUCAGAGGCCUAGGGAAUUGGUUCCUGGUGGUGACAAGAUGGCUUCUAAUGAUCAUUUGGGUGGUUCUAUAGGAAUGUUUCCGGCUCAUACUCGGUCUGCACGAUAUCUUAAUGUUUCGAAGUUGACAUAUAUGAAUCAUAAUUCCAUGAAUGAUGAUGAACAUAUGCAGAACUUCUAUGGAAACUUCCAUUCAGUUUCAAAGCAUGGUCAUCGUGAGACUCAUGGAGAUUAUCUAUCUCCAGGCAUGAAUAGAAGACCUCAUAAUCAAGCAACACAUCAACACCCUCAGCAAAGGACUUUUGGCUACUCUUCAGCAAAGUAUCUGAAUCAGGAGGGAGCCUUGCAUAACCUCCCUGCAUGUUCAUGUUUAUAUUGCUAUGACGAAAACCGUAAAGGCCCUUUGCGAGUUCAACCUGCUGGUUUUGGCAAUAGAAGGUCUUUGAAAGACCCUUGCAGUUCUACUUUCAACCACUAUGUGAGUUCUAAUAGAGUUGGGCAACACUAUCCACCUAGACCACAGCCAAAAUUUGAAGAUCCACCAGUGCACUUAUGGCCAAGUGAGAUCGAUUCAGAUACUGAUGGUUUUGGUGGACGACGACGUCCUAGAAGGGUCAUGCUAACCAGAAGGAGUAAGCGGCUUUGUCAACCUGUAGCCAGUGGUGCUCCAUUUAUUACAUGCUAUAAUUGCUUGGAGCUGUUAAGGCUGCCCAGAAAAUUCAGGAAAAUGAUGAACAAUGAGCAGAGAUUACAAUGUGGUGCUUGCUCCACCGUGAUUGUGUUUGAAAUGGAGAAAAAGAGACUGGUUAUUUCCAUUCCCGGAAAUCCCAAUCGAACACCAACCGAUGCCAAAGCAACAUCUACCGAUGAGUUAGUGACUGAAAACCACCCAAGUUCUCAUGGAUGUUUUAAUUCUGGUGGCACCAUCCAACAAUCUUCAAAGGAAGAUCAGAGCCUUGAUAAUGUUAUUGUUUGCAGAGAUUCUCCUGGAUCUUUUGAUCUGCUCUUUAGUUCCGAUAUUUCCGCUACCGUUUCAAGUUUACCUUUUCAAGAGCUGGCUAAGAAUCCAUCAUCUAAUGGAACAGUCAGUGAACAUAGGGAUAGGACUAAACCAGAACAUCAAGAGAAGGUUAUCCUAUUGAACAAUGCUUCUCAAGGUGUUUCGGGGGGGAAUUCAUCGCUGGUGACAACCAAGGCAGGGGUUUCUUUCAAUGGAUAUAGGAGUUCAAGUUCAUCUCGAGACUCUUUGGAAGCAAGCAAAGAGCAUAGCCAACUGAAACUCCACAAGGGGAGCAAAUCAAUUUUAGUAGGCCUUAUAAAGAAAAGCUUUAGAGAUUUCUCAAAAUCUAACGAUAACAUCAGAGACAAACGGCCUAAUGUUUCGGUGAACAGACAGCCUAUAUCUGACUAUGCAGUUAGGGAGGCUGAAAAGCAAGCUGGGCCAAUUCAUCCGGGAAAUUACUGGUAUGAUUCUCGAGCCGGAUUCUGGGGUGUAAUGGGCCAACCAUGCUCUGGCAUAAUUCCUCCGUUCAUCGAAGAAUUCAAUUACCCCAUGCCGAAAAACUGUGCUGCUGGAAACACAGGUGUCUUUAUAAAUGGGAGAGAACUGCAUCAGAAGGACUUGGAACUACUAGCUUGCAAAGGGUUUCCAACUGCAAGAGAUAAAAGCUAUAUUAUCGAGUUCUCGGGUCGAGUUUUCGACCAAGACUCCGGCAUAGAAUUAUACACUCUUGGCAAACUGGCCCCAACAGUCGAGAAAGAGAUGAUCGGCUUUGGCAUGCGAGUCCCCCGUGCGGUCGAGUGAUUGAAGAUCGAGUAGCUCGAUAGAUUUCAUGAACUUAUUGGAAGCAGCUCAAACAGCCUGUCGUGAUGAUGAAUUGCAUUCAUCCCUGCAUUGUAUUUGUGACAUUAAGUGUGUGUAUAUGUGAGGC